AACACCACCCAAUCAGAAAUCACAUUUUCCUCAUUCCUCGUUGCUUGUGCCUGCCCAUGGCGUCUGUUCUUCAAUCCGCGGCCAUUCCGCGCUCUCAUCCUCAAUCGCUCCCCCAAUUUUCUACACCAUAUUCUUCUUCAACCGCUGCAAUUUGCAGACCUCAGCUUUUCCGCCGCCGCCGCAGCAGCAGAAACUCUAAUUUCAAAGGAGGCAUUGACUGUCGGUCGUCUGCCGGUGGAGUUGAAUAUAUUCAACCUUCCGGGAGCAAUAAAGCGUCCACUGAUGAAUACAUUUCAUCGCUUAAGCUCAAAUUGUUGAGUGCGGUUUCCGGAUUAAAUAGAGGUCUUGCGGCAACUGAAAAUGAUCUUCGGAAUGCUGAUGCUGCAGCAAAGGAGCUGGAAUCAGCCGGAGGUUUUGUAGAUCUAUCACUUGAGCUUGAUAAACUACAAGGCAGGUGGAAGUUGAUAUACAGUAGCGCAUUCUCAUCACGCACUCUUGGAGGUAGCCGUCCCGGACCACCCACUGGAAGGCUCCUUCCCAUAACCCUCGGACAGGUGUUUCAAAGGAUUGAUGUCUUUAGCAAGGACUUCGACAACAUUGUUGAGCUCGAAUUGGGUGCCCCGUGGCCUUUACCCUCCGCAGAAGUCACUGCCACAUUAGCUCACAAAUUUGAACUUAUAGGGACUAGCAAUAUCAAGAUAACAUUUGAGAAAACGACUGUGAAACCUACUGGAAACUUGCAGCAGCUACCCCCACUGGAUGUGCCGCGGAUACCAGACUUUUUAAGAUCGCAAUCCAACACAGGAAGUGGCGAAUUCGAGGUUACAUACGUAGACUCGGAUUUGCGAGUGACUCGAGGAGAUAGGGGAGAGCUUAGGGUGUUUGUCAUCUCCUGAGAAAAAUUCAGCAGUCCUACUGGUUUCUGUAAGUUAAUUUUCCUUUGCUUCACGUCAGAUUUCUUACAUAUACAAGUGAUGAUUUAUUGUUUGAUCUCUCUGUGCAUAUAUCUGUGUAUAUAUAUAUAUAAUAAGUACUGCUCUUUGAAACAAAAUCUUUCGGGUGUGUUUCUUUGGGUUUGGUUUGAGAAAAUUUAAUUUGGGUUUGGUAUUAAAUUAUAAUUUCAGCGCAUUAUAACGAUAUACACAAACAUAUAUGUGAUUGCUAUUGAAACAACAUGAAUUGUGUAUAUCUCCAGUAUAUUAUGUUUGUAUUAUAUUAAUAUAAGUUGUGUAUUUA